GACCGCAAGAUCUCACCCCUUGCCGCGCUGGUCGAGGUCGACGCGGUGGUGUUCUGCGUGGGGGUCCUCGUCUGGUUCGUUUGGAGGUGCACCACGUGUAGGUGCAUCCGUCAUCAAGAAGCUGGCUACGGCCACCUGACCAGCGCCACCGCGCGGUACUACGUCCUCUUCCUGCGCACCUGCCGGGACCUCUUCACCACGCUCACAGUGCUCGCGGGCGUGGUGGUGACGCCCGCCUGGGGCCUGGCCCCGCUCAGCCUCGGCUUCCUCAGCGGGCCGCACGAGCUCCGGGAGGUCCGCGGGGCGUGCGCGAGCGAGGGCAUGCUGCCCAUCGGCGACGAGGACGCCUGCGAGCGCGCCGGGGAGCUGCUCGAGACGAUGCUCCGCUUCACCAGCGGCGGCUGCGCGGUCGGCCUGCCCAGGCGGGCCUUCGUCUGCAGGCAAGAGGAGGUGCGCUUCUCCAUGGCGGGGGCGAACUUGCUGAGCACGGGGAGCCUGGACCUCGCCGAGCCCCUGCCCGACGCCUUGCACCGGGCCGAGCGCAAGGGCACCGCGCAGCUAGUCCUCAGCGCGGGCCUCACAGCCGACCGGGUGGCCCUGCUCUGUCUGCUCAGCGCGCUCCUCAGCCUGGCCUCGCUGGUCUUCCUGGACUGGCUCCAGAAACAGAUACGGCAGGCAGACUCGGUGCUGGGCAUGGAGGGCCACUUCCUGGUCCUCGAGAGGACCCUGUGGCUGCAGGAGACCUCCCGGCGGCCGACAGCCAGACGGAUGAGCCGUUCACCCUGGACAGCCAGGACCGAAAUCGAGCGAAUCGAGAAGGACCUUCAGGAGGAGCUGGAGAAGAACCUGCAGGAGAAGGCGCGCUGCCUGCCGCUGGAGGGCGUGCCCAUCGUGGAGCGCAUCCACGUGGCUCCGGUGGUGGACGAGUGGCACUCCCUGUCCGCGCUUCUCCUCGACUCGCGCGAGCGUGAGGACGCCUUCCACGCGCUGGCCCUGGCGCCAGGCGCGACCUACCUGGGCGGCAUGAUGCGGCACUGGUACCGCUUCAGGCGCAAGUUCCACGCGAGGAGGUCGAAGGUGUACCAGGAGAGGCUGAGGAAGAUCAUCGUCGGGAAGAAGCAGCUCAGCGGUUCAGCCUUCGUCACGUUCCGCACGCCGGAGCAGCGCGCCCACUUCCUACAGGAGGCGGGGACCGCUGUCCAGCCGCAGCUCUCUGCAGCAGGUGCGAACCGUCGCCUUGGUGAGCAGCAUGCCCGUGCACACCACGGUAUAUGCUGCAUGUGCUAA